CAACCUUGGAAAUACAGGUGUUGAGUAUGUGGUCCCACACUGCCAUGCACGAAAGAGCGCCCGGACGUCUUUUCAGAAAUACUGUGGAUGGAAGCUUUUUUGAUUUCUAUGAACGGAGUUACAUAUUCGAUUAUCUCCAUUUCCACUAUUUGUAGGACGUUAGCGAUAAAACGUGUUCAGUGUAAAGUCUAAACGUAAUGCAGGUUUAUCACAAAAAGCAUCUUUCACAAUCGUGGAUACGGAACUUUAAGCAAGUCCAUUCGCUGACACGCCGGCUGCUGCGAUCAAAUAUAUGUCACUCCUAUUGCCUUAGCCAGUGACAACUCCAGUCAUGCCACGCGGUUCACCUACAAAUGAAACGGAAAUAGACCAAUAACUCGACCCAAGAAGAAAGCUUCGCACACCAUUCAACGUGCGUGUAGAGCCGCGCCGCCCGGCUGUCUCGUGUUGCCAAGUCUUCCUGCGGGACUCACAAACUCUUCGUGUCUGCUGUGUCCGUAUCCAGGUGUACUUCACAUCACGCAGGAAAGUUCCUAUUUGCUCGAUUUGAUGAGCAUUGAAAAAGGAACACAAUGCGCAAAAAGCGGGUGCCACUCACUCCGCAUUCCCCGACUAGGGGGCUGACGACAUCGUGGAGACAGAUGCCGAACGGUUGACUGCGUCGGGACACGGCUUUUGGAGUCGAGUGCAAUAAACUCUCCGUCAACCGUUUCCUCUAUGGAAGUUGGUUGUUGCAAGUGAACUGGCGACGAGUUCAGCACGUUUCUGCAGGAAAGGUGUUUUGGAAUCUUUUUCUGGAUGGCGGAAGUAAGCACACCACAGAAGAGCUCGGCGACAGCACCCGUUCCUUGUGCACGGUUACGCGUGGCGGACUGCGCCUGCGCUCGUCUCCUCUCGCAUAACGUGGUUCUGUGCAUGCUCGCGUUCCAACCCUGGGGGAUUGGUCUGCUCGAGCAUUCCUUCUUUGUGGCCUCGAGCUCCCCCGUGCACGUUUUCCUUUUUUCCCUUUCUGUGAGCUCGGAGGUUUUCGGAUCCUCGCGGGGGUUUCGACUUGCGUAUCAUAACACGUGCCCGGACUCUGGAUUCGGCGUUCCUUCGUUUCCCCCGGCGCCGGCGUCGGUCCCGCGGCAGAAGCUGCAUUCCUAGAGUGUGACACCUAAGGUUGUUGCGUGUCGCGCGUUUUUCCCCUGAAAAAAAUUUUAACCGUCCUUGCGGGAUCUGGAAUCAUGGUGCAGAUGUCGAGCCAAACUACCCGCGGGGUGGCGUCGGCCAAACGCUCCAAGCCCCAGUCGGUAGAAUCGCGUCGAUCAUUGCCGUCUGUGCGCGCCUCGCAAUUCGGUGACUUCGAGGGGAACCCUGCGCGCACGGAGGGUGGCGGCGCCUUUUUCCUUUCCAGCGAGAAGCGAUCGCUGCGCUCUCUCCAGAGCCUUUUCUGUUUUGUAGCGAUGGCAACGCUCUUUCUCAAUCUCUGCGCCGACGUCACUGCGACACCGGCACCACACCCACCACCGUCGCCGGCUUCAGUGCACCAGAAAACUUCCCUCAUGGACGCGAUGAAAAUGGAGUUGAUAAGCACAGUGACAGGUCGGCUGUCUCUGCGGUGGAGACGACAGUGGAUGCCGACGGUGGACGCACAUGCGAAUGAGCCUCUCGAGCUCCGGCUGUCUGUGCUGGAGACUCUGACGACGGAGCUGAACGAAGAUCUGAAUGCUGUGCUCGCGAACUUCCCAGAAGUCGCCAAAAGGAAGAGCAUGAUUUACUUCAUUUCGCAGUCUCGGGAGCUCUUCCUUUUCUGUUUCCGGAACCGCUUGGGUAUCACUGGCAAAAACAGCAUCGUUCCGGUGGGACCCUUCGCUUCGAUUGCUUUCGGCGAACCCGACCAACUGAUGGACGUCGACCGGUGGCCGGCCGUCGACGCCACACCCCUUGCAGAGGAAAAGGAGCAGGAACAGAAGAGUGCCGGCAAGAGACACGCCGAAGAAGAGGAAUCCCAGAAGACGCCUGCACCGGAGAACGUCCAGACCCCGGAGCAGCUUCCGAGAGCAGGCCCGGUCGAAACGGAGAGUGACGCCAACGUUGAGACGGAGAGUGACGCCAACGUUGAGACGGAGAGUGACGCAAACGUUGAGACGGAGAGCGACGCAGACGUUGAGACGGAGAGCGACGCAAACGUUGAGACGGAGAGCGACGCAAACGUUGAGACAGAGAGUGACGCAAACGUUGAGACGGAGAGCGACGCAAACGUUGAGACGGAGAGCGACGCAAACGUUGAGACGGAGAGCGACGCAAACGUUGAGACGGAGAAUGAUGCCGAAGACGGAAAUGACGCCACAGAUCAGACACAAGGCGGAAUGCAGGCGAACUUGGAACUGGUGACAGACGGUGACGGAGAGAAGGCGGCGGUAGAGUCGUUCGCAGAGGUUGCAGAAGCGUUAAAGGAGGCUGAGAAGGUAUUCGAGGAGUGGGAUAAGAGAGACACCGACGCGCAAAGCGCCGAUGCCGUUCAGCAGGAGGCGGAGAAAGUCCUGAAGGAAAUGGAUGCGGUACUGACGCAAGCGGAAGAGACGGGUACGGCGAACGCGGCGCAGGAGGUCGCAGAAAUGCUGCAGCAGACCGAAGUACCGGAGACACCCAAGGUGCCGCAGGAGACCAAAGCGGAAAAGGAGGCUGAGUCGACUGGCCUUGCAGAGGGGGAACCCCCGGUGACGGCGGAACUCCAGGAGGCGGACAAAGUCAUGCAGGAAGUUGAGGAAGUCCUGGGCAAAAUGAAGACUCUGGAGGUGGGAGACUUGGAAGAAUCUACGCAGGCGGCGGAGCUACAGGAUCGCAAGGACGAGGAGACAUCGCAAGGCGACGAGGAUGACGAAGAAGAAGAAGAUGACGACGACGGAGAGGCAGAUGAGGAAGACGGCGACGAGGAUGAAGAGGGAGCGCAGGAGGCGGAGUCCGCGUAAGAGCUUCUCCUUUCGAGGCGCACUGGGCAGCAUCCACUUCCGAAUGAUUCUUCACUUCCAGAGGGAGGGCUUUAUGAGAAAUGCCGAAAUCCCUGGGAUGUGAAAUACUUCCCCGAACGCACACAGACUGCAGUUGAUGGUCGUGAAACGAAGUUGGUGCGGGAACCUCUGGCAGGACAAAGAAGGCAUGAAGCUCGGUCUCAGCGGCGGUAGGACAGAAAAACCGUCCGCCCGAUGUGGCUGUACCCCAGCAAGCGCAAGGAGAGCGUCAAGACGCUGAAUGUUCAGAGCAAACGCGUCCGAAAGGUGGAAAGCAAGGACCUGUGGGGGUAGUGCUACCUUUCGUAGUGCCUGCCAGCACAGCACUCCCGUGGUGAACAAAAAAGCCAAAAACCGCGGAGCUCUAGUUGGACAGCAUACCCAUAUAGGGCCUUGUGGAAGGGGUUCGACGGCAUGCCUCGGGAGGACCUAUAAAUCUCUGCUGGAGGGCGGGGAAAAGUUUGUUCGACAGGGAAAUGGGAGCGGCUUGUGGCUUCAGUGCAGAUGACAGGCAACAGCUACUUCUCUGGCGCCUCCCCAAUACGAGCGAAAGCCUCUGCGAAGUUGAGACCGACUCGUUUUGAACUGGACCGGGGGAGGGGGGGAGUCAAUGAAAGCCACAAACGACGGGAACACGCGAUCUGGGUAGGCGGGCGCGGCCUUAAGCAAAUAUGUUAUUGCUGACGGAAAUGUGGGCAGGAAGCUAGCCGGGCAUCUUUCCGGCGUAUAAGUAAAUCUCAGAACAACGAACGAGGAAUGAGGGCAGCAAAAGAACUCGUUCGCGGUUGCAAACAAGAAGGUAUCGGUCGAGGUGGAAGGCCGCAUCUGUUCUUUGGAAUUUGCGAGCGGAAGAACCACUAUUUGGCUGCAACUUUCUUGCAGUUUUUCCAGAACUCACCCGCUGUGGCAGACAUAGCGGUGGACGGUCCAGAGCACUGCCCCUGUUCUCUGCAGGCAGAGGAGAAAACAACUGUGGGAGAAACGGCGGAUGAAAGCGUCGGUCAAACACACCCAGUGCCAGUGUGCAAGAGCAGCCGGCGGACACAAGCCAGUCUCUCGGGCAAUCUGCCUCUAUCGUUAGGCAGAUAAGACAGAGGGAUGUGUCGAAAAUACUUUGAUUUUGUUUAAAAUAUGUCGCAUUGUUUUUGGUUCUUCGGAAAGGCCGCAUUCCAAGAUGUGGACUGCAGUUGUCGAGGCCGCAGUUCGCACUUUGGUUUUUUGCCUCUGCGUCCCCUACCAUAUACGCAAAAGUCAUUUCCAUGUCGCCUGGAUUGUUCUAGAACACUUUGGCGCUUUGUUUCAUGCACUCAACAACCGUACCCUUCCGCAUCUGACGCUCUCACCCAUACUCGUGGCCCCCCUUUUUGAGGGGACUCUGAUCUUGGCGAUACCGGCUAACGGAGAGUGGCUUGCACUUUGUUGUCAACAGCGGAAAGGCGAAAGCAGUUGUAGUAUUUGUGUGCACUUUUGUCUUCGCGCGUGCUGACUGGUGUGUACGAUGCUUUUCUGAAAUGAGAAAUGAGCGUUUUGCUUUCCGUAAACGAGUGCGAGUCGGUAUUUCCGUAACGCAGAUUCACAGGCAAUGGACAACCUGUUGCCGAUAGUUGUUCAGCGUCCCCGGAGUUAAAGCUUGAUCCUGGCCUCCAUUUCUGAUAUCACAUACGUGGCUUGCUUAGCGUCUAAUGUGGCUCUUCCUUUUCAGCAACCACGAACAAGUGCAGUGAACCCAACCAGUCGUGCAUUCCUGGUGGAAAGUGGUCUUACUAAACUGGUCCAGUCUUCUAUGCACGUAAGCAGUGUCACUUUUCGAACAGAGAGCGGAAGGUUACGGGUGUAUGAAACUUAACUGGGUUGGACAGUCCUUCCUUUCGCUCACAGUCAUGCGCCUCGUUCUGCGGCAAAAAGAGUGGAACAGCACGGUGAAUUCGCCCCUCCGGCAGCUAACGAACGAGAGUCUGUUUAGCCUAUCCACCAGCACAGUUCGUACGAUUCACGGGUGCAGUCGAGUUCCCUUUCGCGGUGGCGCGAAUCGUGAAACGCCAGCGCAUUCUCUCAGGAGCGCUGACCCCCGUCAUUGCUGCGCGGUGCAGGUCAAGCGGCACCUCCUAAUUCUGUCGCUCUCUCAAAAGCUUUUAAACCGAUGCACUCAUCUAGCUGUCACUGCGACCGCCUGAUUCCACACCCGUGCUUCAUCUACCCAUACGAGGUUCGGUUUCACUGUAGAUCGCCCGAUCAAAACAGACAAGCUACGACUGCUACGUCAUCGUUUCAAAGCAGA